UAUAUGUAUAAAAGUAUUAUUUAAGAUUCUGAUCAGAGCAGAUUUUACAACGAUGUGUGUUUUUCUUUGUGUCUGACCGUACUUUUUGGAGCAGUAAAAAUUCUUUAAUCUUCAACUUAUAUAAUAUUAAAAUAUUAAAAUAUAAUAUCUUUCAGAUCAUAUACAUGGCCAGAAACGCAAAAGACACUUGCCUUUCAUAUUUCCACCAUUUAACCUUGCUUGGUGUAUAUAAAGGAAAUUUUGAUGAAUUCUGUAACCUGUUUGCCUCCGAGUCCAUUUGUUGCAGUCCAUUUUUUGACCAUAUUCUUGGCUACUGGGAUCGAAGGGAUGAUUCGCAAAUACUCUUCUUGAAGUAUGAAUACGUGAAACAGGACCUACGGUCAGUAAUUCGACGAACGGCUCAAUUUUUAGACAAAGAUAUGUCUGACGAUCAGCUAUUGGUUUUGGAAAACCAUUGAAGUUUUGAAAGCAUGAAGAAGAAUAGAGCUGUCAAUCACGAACCAUUUUAUAACCAAUAUUCCAAUCAGUGAAGGGAAUUUUAUAAGAAGUGGUGGUGUUGGAGAGGGUAAAGCAAAAAUGACACCAGAGUUUAUGAAAAUGUUUGAUGAAUGAGAAGAAAAGUGUUUAGGAAAAAGUGCAUUAAAGUUUUUAUGGAAUUAAUUUUGUAGUAAUUUCUAGUUUGACUAUGCAUUAUACGUAUGUAAUAACUUAAAAAUACGAAA